AUGAGAAAUGCAACUUCAAAAGUCAUAGCGGAAUACAUUAUAGACCUAGUACGCCAUACACUACAAGAGAUAACACCCAAAUUUGUGUUUGAAGAAAUUAGAAGCAGAUAUGGCUUGCACAUUGGUUACCACAAAGCAUGGCGUUCCCUCCAACAUGCUUAUAAUGUCAUAAGAGGAAGCCUAGAAAAUAACUACACACUUCUACUGCAAUAUCUUCACAUGAUGAAAUUAAGAAAUCCUGGAACAGUUGCUAACAUCAAAUGGACCCCUGACAAUAAGUUUAAGUAUGCUUUUUUCGCUUAUGGAGCAUCAAUUGAGGGUUGGAAACACUGCAGACCAGUAAUGAUGGUGGAUGCAACCUUCUUGAAAUCAAAAUACUGUGGUGUCUUCAUGAUAACAGCAGCAAAGGAUGGCAACAACAUCAUAUUUCCUCUCGCAUUUGGAAUUGCAGACUCUGAGAAUAAUGAAUCCUAUAGGUGGUUCUUCAGACACGUGAAAAAAGUGUUUGGUACACGCAAAGACCUGUUAAUUCUUUCUGAUCACCACGCAUCAAUUGCAACUGCAAUCAAAGAACUGUAUCCAGAUACCCAGCAUGGAAUAUGCAUCUACCACAUGAAGAAGAACUUGCAGAAAUAUUUCCCAUUUAAAGCGAUCCUAUCACUGUUCUACAAUGCAACAACUACCUACAAACAGGCAGAGUUUCGUACCUAUAUGUCACAGAUACAACAAAUCGACCCAAAAGCUGCAGAAUACAUAGAAGAAGAACCAUCGAAAAGAUGGGCACGUUCAUUUCACACCAACAGGCUUUACAACAUGCUCAUAACAAACAAAGUAGAGACAAUGAAUUCUUUAUUGAGGAAAGCAAGGGAGUUGCCAAUAAUGGCAUGUAUUGAUUACAUCCAAAACAAGCUGCAAAAUUGGUUUUACCAGAGAAGAUUGGAUGCAAUAGAACCGUCCCAUGACCUGACAUGUUGGGCUGAAAAAUUCUGCUUGAACAAAUAA